AUGUCUUGGAAAAGCGAUAUUCGAGUCGUUGUAGCAAUUGAUUUUGGAACAACUUAUUCACCAGAGCAAAUAGGUGCUUUAAAGACAAAUACCGUUUUACAAUAUGACGAAAAAUAUCAAGAAGUAUUAGAAUGGGGUUAUCCAGCAUUGGCUCAAAAACCUCAACGAAAAGGUCGUAAAAAGAAUAUUGCUUAUAAACCUGUUGAAUUAUUUAAACUUCAUUUGGGAACAAUGCCUGAUUCAGAAAAACCUUUAUUACCUAAAAAAUUGGAUUAUAAAAAAGCGAUUACGGAUUAUUUAAGAGAAAUGGUACUCACCGUACCCGCAGAAUAUUCUGAAAAGUCAAAAGGAAUAUUAAGAGAAUGUGCAUUUAAUGCUGAAUUAAUUGGUUAUUUGGAUUCAGAAAAAUUACAAUUUUCUACUGAACCAGCUGCGAUACAUUGUAUGCAAGUAUUAAAAGAACAUUUUGGUACACCUGAAGGCAAAAGUUUCUUGAUUGUUGAUUGUGGUGGUGGUACUGUCGAUUUAACUACACGUAAAUUUAUGUCAGCUGAUUCAUUAGGUGAAGUCACUGAACGUACUGGUGAUUUUUGUGGAAGUACUUAUGUGGAUAAAGAAUUUAUUAAACUUUUGAAACGUGUUGCGGGUGAUGAAGCAAUAAAAAUAUUAGAAGAACAACAUUAUGGUCAAAUGCAAUAUAUGAUACAGGAAUUUUGUAAAAGAGUUAAAUUUCAUUUUUCUGGAAUCCAAAAAGAUUUUAGACCCUAUGAAUUAGAUCUUGAAGAUGUAUGUCCGGCGAUUAAACAAUGUGUUUCUGGAUCAUAUAAAGAAAAAUUGGAAGAUGAUGAAUGGAUAAUUGAUCUUGAUUUUGAAACUGUGAAAUCCCUUUUUGAUCCUAUGAUAGGAAGAAUUAUUAGAUUAAUUUCAGGACAACUUAAUAAUAGUGAUGGAUGUAGUGUUAUGUUUUUGGUAGGUGGAUUUAGUGAAUCAAAAUAUCUUCAAAUGAGAAUUCGUGAAGAAUUUGUAAAUAAAGUAAAAAGCAUUGCUGUUCCUAAACAACCUCAAGCAGCAAUAGUACGUGGUGCACUUGACUAUGGAAUUAAGAUGGAAAUCAUCAAAACUCGUGUUCUCAAAUAUACUUAUGGUAUAGAAACUCAAAAUUUGUUUGGACCAUCGGAUCCUCCUGAUCGUAAGGUUGAUGAAAAAUAUAUAUACAAAUUCCAUAAAUUAGUUGAACGUGGAAGAGAAGUUGGAGUAGAUGAAUCUUUUGGUCAGGUUUUCCGACCUUUAGAUCAUACAACAAAAUUACGAUUUACUGUAUAUGUUACUAAAGCACAAAAUGGAACAUAUUGUAAUGAAGACGGAAUGUCAUUAUUAGGUGAAAUUGUAGUUGAUAUGCCAGAUGUUCAUUUGAAAAAGGAAAGACCUAUAGAUUUUAGAUUAUUAUUUGGUAGAAUGGAAAUUACUGCAAUUGCUAUAAAUCAAAUAACUGGUCAUGAAUAUAAAUCUACAUUCAAAUUAGAUCUCUAA